AUGUCAGGUCGCGUUCGAAAGACAAAGUCGCACUUGACUGUGAUAAAAGAUCGUGAGAGAGCUGCGCUUAUUGAAUACGUGGAGUCCCGAUCGAUUGCUAGCGACAUGCCUUACACUCGUUGUUUCCGUGCAAAGGUCCCGUGUCGUUUUGGCGAGAAGUCUACACGCUGUAGGACUUGCAUCGAGGCGAAGAAACCUUGUGACGGCGUCCUCGUGGCGUCUACUCUUCAGAAGUUGAACUCUCAGCAAAAGGAGUGGGAUGAGAAAGAAGAGAAAGCGGGUGAGGAGCUAUUCGCGCUUUAUCAAGAGUUUGCUCGUUUGCAAGUUCAAAUGGCGGAUGCUGCGGGUCGUCUGAAACGGAUUCGGACGGUCCGUAAGAUGGUUCGGGAGCGGCAGACCGAAGUUUUUAAGCGUGGUAUGCAGGAGGUUGACAGGGAGGAUGGCGUCCUGGCGGACGACGAAGUCCUACCUGCCUUGGAUGCUUACGAGAGGUUCGUCGUUAGUGACCUCCAGGCAGUGGGUCUCGGGAAUGAUCCUCCUUGGUCCCUUUUUGGUUUUGGUGACGAGUUUGUGGGUUUAGGUCCUCUGGUGGAUGGCGCGGGUGCGGGGAGUGUUGGAGGUUCCUCGGCUACUCAGGGCUAG